AUGGAUAUCGCAAGCGGAGUCUACACACUCACCCUCGGUAUCAUGAACUACGUCUCGGAGCAAGAAGAUCGACACACGAUCGCAGCACGGAUCCGCGCAAUCGUGGGCCGAAUCAGCUCCAUCAUCACCCCUUUGACCACCCGCCGGACUAUCGACCCCAUCGUCCAGGAUUGCCUCCAGGACCUUGUCAGGCUUCUCGAGGACACCCAAGCCCAUCUUAGGAGGUGGACUGAGACCCGGUCGUCCAGAGUCGUCGGUGUUGUUAACCCCUGGCUUGUUACGCACCAGCUUCGUGAAGACAGGGAGGAGCUCAUGCAGGGAUACGCUCUUCUGGUUGGCGCUAUCAAUCUCGACAAUAGCAUGAACGGAUAUAGGUUCGUCUCCCCGAGGUCUACGCUACUCGCGCCGCCUGAGAGGGAGCAUCAUGGCGAAGGAUCCCCCUCCUCGUCCCGUUCAGUAUCCCCCAUGAGGUCGCUCUCUCCUCUCCGAGCGUCCCCUACUCCGCUGACGUCUUCCGAAGCUAACGACUUUUGGGAGAAGUACUUUGACGACGAGGUUGCAGACAGCGAUGAGUUUUGCGAGGCGCUUUCCAAAUGGUUAGGCCGCCCUUUGAAUGACACCGAGUGCAAGAGGCUCCUUCUCCGACUCGACAUCGGCGACACUGGGCACGUGGCGUAUUCCCGAUUCGAAGAAUGCGUAGGAGCAGAAAGACUGAAGCAUUUUAUCGCGUUGUACUCCGCCGAUCCUCCAUUGCCAUUGCUAAUAUGGGUCGACGACAGUUUGGACGAAAAUUCGACCAAAGCCCAAAACGCCACGUCUUUUGGAGUAACUGUAGUGCAGUUGUCGUCGACGUACGGCGCGAAGGCGUGGAUUAAUGCAAACUACUCGUUUCUAAAACAGCACGACGACGCAGCUCACAUUCGCUUCAUCUCCGAUCAGAAUCGUCGAGAGCGCACCCCUGAUGGCGGUGUAGUGGCGAACCCCAACGCUGGGCAGGAGAUUUUGGACUUUAUUCGCGGCGAAGGUUUCAAAGCGCCGUUCCUUAUUUCGACGUCUCGAAAAAGUAUCCACUUGACGAAGUACGUUGAAAGCUACCAAAUGGCCGGCUCGAUGACGGCCAAUUAUCCUCUAUUUCUGGAAUAUGUGUCUUCCCUCGCCGCAGGCAUCAGGGAUGACACGAGAUGGAUGAGGUAUAACGCCUAG